AUGCCACCCGUGGAGACCGUGCUCAAGGCUGCCCUUUCUCACUCUUCCGAAAAACCAGUAUGUUCGAUAUGUCCUCCUGGUCUUCCUAAACUGUCGAAACACCCCGUCACGAAAAUCAAAGCUGGGGGCCGCAGGGGGUUCAACACCGAUAAGAAGUAUUUUCUCGCCCUCUACGGAAGAGAAUGGGCAUCCAUCGAGGAUUUCCAAGCCUGGUUUUUGAACGAACAACGUGUUCAUGGCGUCAAGUUCGUCGUGUUCGAAAGCUUGGAGAAUACCGCUCCCCUUGGAAAGCGAAGGUGGUUGGCGGAGCAUACCUUUUCCUGUUCUCGUUACCAACCAUCCGAGCCCCGAUACGUCGGUCCUCCUAAGCCAAGAAAAAACACCUGCUUCUGCUCAAUCAGAGUCAAGACGUAUCCGGACACUCCGAUUGUUCGAGGAAGUUAUAAUGAUUUUCAUUCACAUCCUCUCGGCAAAGCGAAUGUUACAUUCUCCGAGAAGCUACUCUCUUUUGUCUCUGAGAAGAUGAGCCUCAGUACGAGAAAGUCAGACGCGCCCUCUCAAACUGACGAUGUCUAUAAAGAGCCUACGAAGGAUUGCGAUAGCAGUGUUGACGCUUGGCGUCCAGAAAGUGCCUUGUACCUCGAUAUCCCGGAUCCUUUUGCACCCAGGUCCAUGAUCGAUCCUAACACAAGCUACAUCGAGGAUUAG